CGUCACUACCUGUUGUUCAUUUGUGCUCACGACUGGCCACUGCAUUUGGAAGGUCCCUGAUUCAGACUUGGCCUGUGUAUUCCUGUUCGUUCUCCCAGGACCCCAUCCUCGCAUGAGGAGGUGAGCAGGUUGGAUGUUGCUGUAACUUGCCGAUGCCAACCUGUACCCAAAGACUGCCACCUCCCGAAGCGGUCUCCCGGGUGACAGAGGCUCUCUGAAAGCGACCGUCUCCCGGCCCACACGAGGGAAGCAUGGGCUUCACAGGUGUCCUGGAGAAGGUGGGGACUGCGGGCAGAUUCCACAACGUUCACAUUGUUCUCCUCGCUAUCCCAAUUGCCAUCAUGGCCACCCACAACCUCCUGCAGAACUUUGUGGCCGCUGUUCCUGACCACCGGUGCAGGGUGCAGCUGGGAGCUGAGGGCUCGCGGUACCUCAAUGUGACGGAGGAGCCACUGAAGGAGGAGUUUCUCCGGGUGUUCCUGCCCCUGGACGAGGAAGGGAGGCCGGACAAGUGCCGCAUGUACACCUCCCCACAGUGGCAUCUCCUGGGCACCAACGAGACGCAGGGCAACGGGAGCCAACCUGUCACACAGGCGUGCACUGAUGGGUGGGUGUACGACCGCUCCCAGUUCACAAUGACGAUUGUCACAGAGUGGGACCUGGUCUGUAACCGUAAAUCGCUGAGACACAUGGCGCAGUCUCUCUACAUGGCCGGAUUCCUGGUGGGAUCCAUCAUUCUCGGGAGGCUCUCCGACAGGUUCGGACGGCGGAUGCUCCUACUGUCAUCCCAACUUCUGAUGGCGGUGUCCGGGACGUGCGGCGCCUUCUCCUCCUCCUUCCCACUCUACUGCUUCUGGAGGGUCCUGUCAGGAAUGGCGGUGUCAGGGAUGAUUCUCAACACAGUGUGCCUGGUCAUCGAGUGGAUCCCGACGGAACUCCGGAUACGUGCCAUUACACUUUGCAACUACUGCUACACCUUCGGCCAGCUGAUCCUGCCCGGCAUUGCGUACGGAAUCCCAGACGGCCGCUUGCUUUUCCUGGCCCUCUCCGUGCCUUUUUACAUUUUCUUCCUCUACUCUUGGUGGAUUCCCGAGUCCGCCCGGUGGCUCGUGAUGAACAACAAGAUUGAUGUGGCUCUCAAAGAGCUCAAGAGAGUGGCGAGGAUGAACGGCAAGAAGGAGGAAGCCGAGGAGAUAACAGCAGCGUUCCUCAAGUCCAGCAUGGAGGCGGAGCUAACAUCCAGCAAGGGGACGUACAACGCCUUUGACCUGUUCAAAACUCCCACAGUCCGCAGGAUAACCUUCUGCACCAUGUCCAUCUGGUUCUCAACGAGCUUCUCGUACUAUGGACUGGCAGUGGACCUGGAAGGGUUUGGAGUUGACAUCUACCUGAUCCAGCUCAUCUUCGGAGCGAUAGACAUCCCUGCUAAGCUGGUGGGUGUUUGCACCAUGAGUUACAUCGGCAGGAGAUUCACGCAAAGUGCUUCCCUCAUCCUGGCGGGGUUGGUUAUCCUGAUUAACAUCUUCGUCCCAAAAGGUCAGUGCUACCAGUUGGAAUUUGCCCACUCUGAUUGGCCACAUUAACUGCCAGCCAUGUGG